UGACGCGAGUAACAGCGUUUGGUUACUCGUCUCCUUAAGAGCGUGUCAGGCUGAUGCUUAUCUGUGCUGUCAGUCGAGGGGAAAAGGUGGAUCCUCCACUACAAGCCAACACCUCUGUCCUCGUGCUGUCAUGCGUGUGGCAGAGCAGCAGCGUGGAGCUCCAUCUGUGUGACUGCUGACAGCGACAACAUCUCCGUGUCUCCGCACACGCAGGAAAACGCCGGACAGAAUGAAUGGCUACGGGUCACCUUACCUGUACAUGGGCGCUCCGGUGUCUCAGCCCCGCGCUCCACUGCAGAGGACCCCCAAGUGCGCGCGGUGCCGGAACCACGGCGUGCUCUCGUGGCUCAAAGGUCACAAGCGCUACUGCCGCUUCAAAGACUGCACCUGCGAGAAGUGCAUCCUGAUCAUCGAGCGGCAGCGCGUCAUGGCGGCGCAGGUGGCGCUGCGGAGGCAGCAGGCCAACGAGAGUCUGGAGAGCCUCAUCCCGGAGUCCCUCAGAGUUCUGCCCGGCAUUGGUAUCACCGGGCCCGGCGAGGGGAACCAGGGAACCCCGCCGAGUUCAGAGGAGCUGGAGCUGAGGUGGAGCAGCUCUGAGCCGGUGCAGGUCGGAGCACAGACAUGCACAGAGUCGGCAGAGGAAGGUAUCGACGAGGUGUCGGGAGGUGAAAACGGGGGCAGCUCCAGUGAAAAGGAGCAGGAGGCGGUCAGUUCUCCAGAGGGAUCCAAACCGAACACCUGCUACACCCCGGAGCCGCCUCCUCCUCCUCCUCCUCCACCGCCUCCUCCUGAGUCCCUCUCCCACCAGGAGGAGAGCCACUACAGCCUCAGCAAAGCCGCUGCCACUGAGAAAGAAGCCAAAAGCGAGAGUCCUCAGAAGUUCCCCGUCAGCGCCGGGGAGCAGAGCGUGCUGAUUGAAGGCCUCGCCGGCUCCAUCAACCUGCCCUUCAGCCUCCGGGCCAACCGGCCUCCUCUGGAGGUCCUCAAGAAGAUCUUCCCCGCGCAUAAGCCUCCAGUGCUGGAGCUCAUACUCAGAGGGUGCGGCGGGGAUCUGGUGGGAGCCAUCGAGGUUCUUCUGUCCAGCCGGGGUCCUGACGGGAGCGCGCACACGCACAGUGACGCGCACCCGGACGCCCUGCUGCUGCCCUCAAACGGACACCUUUUCGAGCACACGCUGGGCUCCUACCAUCCGGUCACAACUUCCGCCAAGUGGUCGGUGGGCUCUGCUUUCCGGGUGCCCGAGUCGCUUCGGUUCACGUCCGACUCCGCCUCGGGUGUGGUCCCCACGGGCCCGCUGGGUGUCCCUCUGCAACACCCGUCCUUCCCACAGCCCACGCGCUACCCGCUCAUGCUACGCAACUCUCUGACACGCGCACAGGGAAGUCCCUUCAUGCACAACGACGUGACUCUGUGGAAUACCAUGGCUCUGCAGCAGCAGUAUCAGCUCCGGUCGGCGGCCCAGUACGUGUCUCCCUUCUCCCCCGCUGCCCCCGCCGGACCCGCGGGGUCCGUGUUCCGCAGCUCCCCUCUCCUCCCCGCCAGAGCCGCGGAGGAGCAACGCAUCAGCAUCCAGGAGGAGAGCUGCACCUUGGGGCCCAAACCCGGCCUCUACUCUCCUGAUGAGGACUACGAGGAGCGAUCCGACUCCGCAGACUCCCGCAUCCUGAACUCAUCCACCUAAAAAUAAAUGCUGACGAUGGACUAACGCAGCAAGGGGGACAACCAAAAAUGUAUUACUCUAAAAACUUUGUGUGUGUGCGCGCGCGCGCGUGUCACCUGUGAAUAAGGUGAUGUUAAUCCCCCUGACGUCACAUCAUGAUUUCCAGAUGUCAUGGACUCGACCAAAAACGGAUGAAUGUAACACAUUAUUGUGGUCACUCAGUCAUUAUUUUGAAAAUCCACCCUCUAUUUCCUGUAAGCAUGUUUAUUACUGUGAAAAUCUGUCAAUGUUAAAGAUCGCUGCAUGUUCAAAGUAUGCCAAAUAAAUCUGAGUUGUCUAAAUGGA